CGCAAGACACCCACAGUGUAAUGCAAAAACAGGAAAGAAAAAGAAUAAAAAAGGUACUCUACUUACCAUUCCAGAGCUACCUACCAAUCGAAGAAGACCGACUGGUUCACCUUCUCGCUUUCUUUUUUUCUCAUUUAUUUUCCAACCCAUCCCUCCAUGGCCUCUUCUUUCUACUCCCCUACAUGGAACAGCUUUCCAGCCACAGUUCCUCUCCUUCAUCUUCUUCUUCUUCUUCGCAUGCGGAGCCAGAGCAGCAGCAGCAGCAUCAGAGCAUUUCCUAUCGAGUCAACAUCUCAAUAUCAGAUGCUGCUACCACCGAGAGGAGGGAUGAGGCAUGGUCGUGUCUUGUCGUACUUGUCACCUUUUGGUUCUUCGCAGCAUCCAUGACUUUGAUCCUUGGCUUCUACGGAUCCGUCAAUUUACAGCUGGGACCCAAUUGUUCCCGCCUUCUACAGGCAAACUCAUUGUUUGUACAGGAUAUCAAGGUGAAAGCCACUACCCAACCCCAGACAGGACCAAUGCUUUAUGGAUUUUCCAAAGCUCCUCCUCUUGACAACCAGACCACUUGGUCCGAGACCCACGGCGUUACUAUACCUGUCAAUUUCCACAAGGAAUGGAUAUAUUACUUGAACGAGGGGUCUCAAAUAAAUGUUUCUUACAGUGUGAAAUCAAAGAGCUCCUCAUUAUCCCUCAUAAUUUCCCAAGGUAAAGAAGGCCUUAUUGAAUGGAUUGAGGACCCAACAUAUCCUAAUACCACAUUAUCAUGGAAUAUUAUUCAUGGAAAUGGUUUAAUCCAACAGAAAAUUUCCAAGUCCUCUGAAUACUAUGUUGCAGUGGGUAACUUGAACACACAAGUGAUGGAGGGCACUUCUGUUCAGGACAGGCAAAUUCUUGUGGUUCAGUUGAACUUCAGCAUAAGUGCUUUACUGUAUAAUACAACAGGAGCAUAUUAUAAAUGUUCACCGGAUCACAAUCUAUGUGGUUUGAAGCUAUUGAUUUUUGGGGUAAAUGCUGCCGUCCUUACCACUCCAGGUCCCGAGCAGGGUAGGGAAAGUGAUGACUGGUAUGUUAAACUGUCGUAUGGACCACGAUGGAUUACAUAUUUUGUGGGAUCAGGUGGAAUGACGAUAGCCAUCUUAUUAGCAUUUAAGAUCUUUAGCAAGUUCCAGAACACCCUUGGGAAUGGGACUGGAUUUCAAGCAGGAGAGAUGGCUCAUGAGAGAACCCCUCUGCUUAUGCCUAAAGAUGAUGAUGCCUCAAGUUGGGGUUCGUCUUACGAUUCAGUUUCCCAUGAGGAGGAAGAUCCAGAUGAUUGGCCUGCAGCGGCUUCUCUUGAAGCGAAGGUGGUAAAAGAGGGUGAAAAAACUAAUCACCGACGCCUCUGUGCAAUUUGCUUUGAUGCUCCUAGGGACUGCUUCUUCCUUCCAUGUGGACAUUGUGCAACUUGUUCUACAUGUGGAACAAGGAUCGCUGAAGAGGCUGGUACUUGCCCCAUUUGCCGCAGGAAAAUGAAGAAAGUGAGGAAGAUAUUCACAGUUUGACAGCAUUGUAGGAUGCUCCUAUGGAUACCCAUGGUCAAUUGGAAGAAACCCAACUCUCGCAGAUGACACUGAUGAAUUUGCAUUGUGAAAGAGAGGAAGUAUUGACCCAAAUGCUAGGAGUCUGCUUUUCAAUUUGAAUGGUGGAGCCUAUAUUUUUUGAACCAGGCCCCUUAGUAUAACUGAAUUGAGCCAUGUAAUCUACUUGUGUUAAGUUUUUAUAGUUUAUUGUUGGUUGGGCCCA